GUCCGUACCUUGUCGAAGAUGAGUUCGAAGGCCUUCGUUGGUCUGCUGCUGAUCGUUAUACUCGGUAUGACAACAACGGUCAGUAGUUACAGUGUACUAUUCUUGAUCCCAUUUCCCGGUUCGAGCCAUUGGCUAAUGUUCAAGCACUUUAUACGGGAGUUGACCCAAAGAGGACACGAAGUUACAGCUAUCACAAGUUACAAGUUUGGCGAACUGAUCGAUAACUACACCGAAGUGCUGAUCGAUCCGAGCUAUCCGAUUCUAGAGAAAUUUCCGAUUUCAGCCAUUUACAGUUCGCAGGACUACCAGAAUGAUUUCAAAAACUUGUUUCUGUACUGGCGUUUGGGACUGGAAACGAGUCGCUACGCUUUGGAGAACAAAAACGUUCAACAGUUUAUCCAACGACAAGAUUUGCAUUUCGAUCUCAUCGUUAGCGAGCAAUUCUUCCAGGAAAGUUUGCUCAUGUUUGCCCACAAGUUCAAGGCACCGAUUGUAACCAUCAGCACCAUAGGUUAUUCGGACUACAUGGACCGAGCGAUGGGACUACUGACCCCGUGGUCUUUCGUUCCCCACAUGCUGCUAGACUACGAAGAUCGGAUGAACGUCUUCCAGCGAUCGUACAAUGCUCUUCUCUCAACGUUUGAUUACAUCGGACGAGAGUUCCACUAUCUUCCAGAGCAGAAUAAACUGGCGAAGGAAAUAUUCAACGAUCUUGGUCCCCUUCCCACCAUUCAAUCACUGGAAAAAUCCAUUUCAACUAUAUUGGUCAACAGUCAUCCAACACUAGCCAAACCACGCCCGUCUAUGGUUGGACUUGUGAACAUCGCCGGUGCUCACAUCAAACCACCGAAACCUCUAUCGGAAGAUCUACAACGGUUUAUGGAUGGAGCCAAUCAUGGAGUCGUCUACUUUUCUCUUGGAGCGUAUCUGCAAAGCUCUCAAAUGCCCACGGAGAAACGAUCCAUUCUGCUGAAGGUCUUUGGAAAACUCAAACAACGUGUAAUUUGGAAGUUCGAAACCGAUGACCUAACUGACGUUCCAGAGAAUGUAAUGAUUCGCAAGUGGGCUCCCCAGAAUGACAUCCUGGCGCAUGGGAAUGUAGUUCUAUUCAUUUCACAUGGUGGUUUGUUCGGGACAUUUGAAUCGAUGCACCACGGAGUGCCUACGUUGUUCAUACCGUUUUUCGCCGAUCAGCCACGGAAUGCAGCACGAGGAGUCCGAAGUGGCUACGCUCGGCAACUGCUGUUCAAGGAUAUCACUGAGGAUUCAUUCCUGGCGAAUAUUGAGGAGAUGGUUCAGAACAGUAGCUAUUCGAAGAAGGCAAGGGAAAUUUCCGUAGUGUUUUGCGAUCGACUGACGGAUCCGAUGAACGAAUCGAUCUACUGGAUGGAGUACGUCAUGCGCCACAGGGGAGCGAAACAUUUGAAGUCCAAUGCAGUCGAUCUUUCGGUGGUUCAGUAUAUGAUGCUGGAUGUGGGAGGUAUUGCGAUGGCAGGCGUUAUGGUGUUUGGGGUGCUGCUGAAUAUUUUCUGCUGCAGAAUACUUUCGAUAAAGGGGACAAAGCUAAAGCGAAGUUGA